AAGGAGCUCUCUCAGCCCCGCUGCAAUAAAGGGCGAUAGCGGACCAUGGGGAGCAGGGGGAAACUUUUUAUACUGACAUAUUAGCGCUAUGACUUUUGACUAAGACUUAACUGGGGCCAGGCUCCGGGCGUGAGGAGCGUACAAGGGCUCUUUUUUUUCGGAAUCAAAAAGGACCACUCGACAUCUCGCCCCGAGGAAAAAAGCCACCAAGAAACGAGUUCCAUUGAAAGUAUCUGCGGUGGCAAGUCGAGUUCAGCCCUUUGGAUUGAAGAUGAGCUUAUUGUCUGCCAUAGACACGAGUGCCUCCGUGUACCAGCCUGCGCAACUCCUCAACUGGGUCUAUCUCUCCUUGCAAGACCCCCACCACCAGACCAGCGCCUUUGACGCCUUCAGACCCGAACCCAACUCUUCCCACCCGGAUCUCAACUUCAGCAAGAGUCCCGCCUCGGCCGACUUGAGCUCUUCCCUCAACUCCAACUAUCUCAACAACUUCUUUCAACUGCAGCGCAAUGAGGCCUUAAACAACAACGUGUACAAGAAUGUAUCGCCGUACGGCUCCCUGAACAACAUCGUGGAUGGGCUCAACUCGCUGACGGAUCACUUCUCAGACCUUUCCCUGUCAUCAGAGCCAAGAAAGCCUAACAAGAGACCGCCGCCCAAUUAUUUGUGCCACCUGUGCUUCAACAAGGGUCAUUACAUCAAAGACUGCCCUCAGGUGAGGCGCCGUUUAUUACAUAACCCGCGAACAGAAAGAUCAGCAUGACACGAUCGGUACGUG